AUGAUUUGCCGUCGUGUGAUUCAUGUCGCAAACGAAAGCUUCGUUGUUCGAGAGAUUGGCCUUUGUGCUCUCACUGCCGACGACUUGGUGCGUUCGUCAAGUUCUGUUCCACUUGGAGGCUAUCCCAUUAACGAUGUUUAUCUUGCAGGCACGAAGUGCGCAUAUGAGUAUCAGAGGAAGAAACCAGGACUGAAGGGUGGUGCGGUCGAGGCCUUAAGCCAGCGAGUUAAGGCAUUGGAGGAUGCUGUUUUCGAUGGCCGAGAUCUAUCCACCGCGUCGCUGUCAUCGGCCCCAACCGAACAACCCAAUGCGAAUACCGUCCCGACUACGUCUGAUGUUUUGGGCGGUAUUCUAUCCUUGUUGACGAAGGAGAUACAUCAUCUCAACUCGAAUCUGACGAUCACGUCAUCAAGAGGCCCCUCCAUCGCCAUCGCGACCCCACCCCCUUCUGAUGGACACGUCGCACCUCAUGGGAACGAGACGUCAGCGCGGAUAGGGAACCCUCCGAAACGCGUUCGUCUCAACGCACAUGUCCGGUCUCUGUCUCAAGAUGAAGAAGAUACUGGCUCAUCGCUGUUGACCCGAGAGGAUUUUCUGGAAGAAUUGCUGGAUGCUCACUUCAACUAUGUUCAUCCUUGGAUCCCGAUUCUGCAUGAGAUGCAGUUCCGGCAAAGACUUAGCAGCAACGACAACCGCGAUCCGUGUUUAAUCAUAUUGCAUGCCAUCGUCGUUGCUUCAUUAAGGUUUGUGGAGAGCGACAGGUUCUCAAUUUCACCACAGGAGAUCCAGAGGGAAGUUCAAAUAUCUAGGAACUACGUUGUCUUGAACGCGAUGGGCAGUCUUGCAGUCGAAAAUCUUCAAGCGCUUCUCCUUGUUGCCUUCACCUAUAUCGGGCAAGGGGAGGAGACUAAAGCCUGGUCCGCCAUCGGCUCUCUUGCCCGGACGGUACAAUUCCUGCAUCUCAGUGUCGAAGAUACAGAUCUUGUUGAACCUGUGGCUCUAUUAUCCAAUCUCCAAGUUCUGCCGGCUCCAAAGAACUGGAUCGAAGAGGAAGAACGAAGAAGGGCCUUCUGGAACGUAUUUCUACUUGAUAGGUUUUGUUCAAUCACUACUGGCUGGAACGUGAGCCUCACUGCAGAUGACGUCUGCCGCAGGUUGCCUAUCGAUGGCGGGCUUUGGAGACGGAAUCAACCUGCAUUGACUCCAUAUCUGGGCAUAUGGGAUCACUCUGCUGCUAAGAUUGGAAACACUACCACGUUCCUACCCUCCAAAUAUGAAAGUCCUGGGAAACCAGCGGCAUCAAUCACACGGGAUGUCGGAGACGGCGCGACUAACCCCCCGUCCCUUCCUGGGAAUCUCACCACAUUAGUCGACAUGUCGAAGCUUGGUGCCUUUUCCUACUACGUUGAAUCCGUGGAGACGUUAAGCCGCAUCAACACCUACUUUGUGCAGCAGAAGAUCGACUUCUCGAGCAAGCAGGAUGUUUUGAGUUGGCUCACCCGGUUCAAAGAAUUGGAUCUUCGACUCGUCCAUUGGAAAAUGUUUCUCCCGCAGAGAUGGAAGGAGUCAACUGUGGAUUCGAGUUCCACGCCCACAUGCCAUACAGUUAUGGACAUGGAUCCAAACAUGACAUUGGCACACAUCACUCACAAUACAUCAUCCAUCCUACUACACCAGCGUAUAGCCUAUCCUCAGAAAGACCUGAAACAUUUGAAGCUCCCGAGCACGUGCAGCGCCGACACAUGCUACGUUGCCGCCACAGAGACAGCAAACAUCACCAUGAAAUACCUGGAAUGUGCACCCGGGAAGAUGCCGGUCGCACCCCAAUUCGCAAUCUGCGUGUUUGUCAGCGCCAGAACCUUGCUCUUGCAUUCCCAGCAUUACCAGUCUGAAUUAGCUCCAGAGUUCUGGUUGUUGAUAACCUGCCUGGAAACUAUGAGUCGGAGGUGGCAAGGUCAAUUAGCACAGGUUGACACCGGCUCUACCAACUUUGCGGGCACUCUAGCAACUCAGCUAAGACGUCUUCACAAUGCGAGCGCCACAGAUCGAGACAUGGUGUCACGGUUCUUGCUCGGACCAGGUAGUCGAGAGGCAGCUUCAGGUUCCUCGCCAUCCCAGUCGAGUCCAGCACUGGCAUCCGGACCAGCCCAAAUUAGAGAGCCACCCGCAGAUGCAGUACCGCAAGCCACAGCGUCACCCCAGUUGUACCAUGGCAGUUACCGUCGGUCAGAGCGUCUAAGUCAACAAAGCGUGAUCACUUCUCCCGUUUUACAACUCCACGACGAGUCGCUGAGAACUAUGGCAUUACCAAUGGACGAGCUAUCAACUAUCUCCCAGGGGCUCAUGGAUCAAAGCUUUGCUGAAAUGAAUCGUAUCAUCAACUUUGAUGAUUUCAUGUUUAUCACCCAUCCCGAGGAAUUUCCUGGAAUGAGCGGUGCCUAG